GUCGUCCUGAGCCUCAUGACUGGCGAGCAAGCCACAGCCCCCAACUCUGACGGCAGCGCCGGGAGUGGGAGUGGGAGCGGACCCAGCCGCCCAGUCGCCUGGACCUGGCGCUUCAUCGAGCAGCUCGCGCACCAGCGGCCCGACUACUUCACCUUCGAAGCGCAGUGCGCGCUCGUGACGGGCCUGUUAACCGCGCAGGCGGAUUUCAAGGGCGCAUGGCAGGUCCUGCUCAGCAGCAUCCGCGCGACGAACUUCGGCUUCGUGUAUAUAGUCAUCGACAACAUGGACGCCGCGUUCGACGAGUCCGCGAGCGCGGACGAGCUGGACGAGCUGUUGCAGGGGCUGCACGCCCUCACGCAGAUCGAGAACCGAGUCGUCAAGAUAUUGAUCACGGCUCGGCGCACCCGCUUCUACGAGCUCAACGUCACGCCGCCGGGAAGCAUGACCAUCGUCCGCGUCUCCCCCUUCACGGAUCUCGGGCAGAAAGGGAGACCGAGCGGCCGCAAAGGCGUGCUCGCGGCUAUGCGAAAACCUAGAAUGGGGCGGCCAACCCGCCUGCCCGAUCGUGACACAAGUGCUGAUGUUACGUUGAGCGAUAGCAGCGAGUGGGAUGACGAGAAGCUGGAGGAGAUGCUGGAGAGCAGUGACGAGGAAGGGCGGAAAAAGAAGGCGGCGAGGCGGCGGGAGAGGGGAAGGAAGGUGAGUGUGGUUAAGGCUUUGGGUAGUGUCGAUUCGUUAGACUCGUUAGAUUCGGAUUCUUCGAGCGAUGGUGGGGGAGGGAAUGGGCUGAAGGAGCUGGGGAAAGCCAAGGCGAGUGGUGGAGUGAAGAAGAGGGUGGCCGGGACGGAGAGCGAAGAUUCGCUAGACUCGUUGGACUCGCUGGAUUCGCUGGAUUCGCUGAAGUCGCUAGAUUCGCUAGACGAGGCGCUGAAAACGUCGAGUGAUGAGGAGGUCUCGCCGAAAGAGGAUCGGAAGAAAACCAGAGCGUCGACUCAGCCGAAGAGCGGGGGGAAGACGGGUGAGGAAUCUAAGAAUGUAGCUACAGGAUCUGGAGCAUCAACCCACUUGCAUGCUCCUCAGCCUGUAGCUCCUACUUGGACACACUCUCCUGAAGGGUCCGACUCGGACUUAGACUCUCUAUAGUUAUAGCAGCUCAUCAAUCUGAACAAGCCG